AUGCCUGUCGUCAACCCCGAGAAGCUGGCAAGCCUCCAGAGGCAGUCCGACGACAUACGAAAUAUUUGCAUCCUCGCUCAUGUCGACCAUGGCAAAACGUCGCUUACCGACGCCCUGCUCGCCACCAAUGGCAUCAUCUCGCCCAAGCUGGCCGGCAAGAUUCGCUACCUGGACUCGCGCCCCGAUGAGCAGACCCGGGGCAUCACCAUGGAGUCCUCAGCCAUCUCGCUUUACUUUUCCAUGCUUCGCAGAUCCACCCCAGACGCCACUCCGGAACCCAAGGAGUACCUCAUCAAUCUCAUCGACUCGCCCGGCCACAUCGACUUUAGCAGCGAGGUCUCCACCGCCUCAAGGCUGUGUGACGGCGCAGUCGUGCUUGUCGAUGCUGUAGAAGGCGUCUGCAGCCAGACGGUCACCGUGCUGCGGCAGACGUGGACAGAGAAGCUGAAGCCCCUCCUGGUCAUCAACAAGAUCGACCGCCUCGUCACCGAGCUCAAGAUGACGCCUUCCGAGGCCUACGUGCACCUCAACAAGCUCCUCGAGCAGGUUAACGCCGUCCUCGGUAGCUUCUUCCAGGGCGAGCGAAUGGAGGAGGACCUCAAUUGGAGAGAGCGGAUGGAGGAGCGCGUCUCCGCCGCCGCCGCCGCCGCCGCCGCCAAGGCAUCCGCCGAUGACCUAGUCGACGAUGCUGGUGAGCUGCAGUUCGAGGAGCGCGACGACGAGGACAUUUACUUUGCGCCCGAGCGGAAUAACGUCAUCUUCAGCAGCGCCAUCGACGGCUGGGCCUUUACGUGCCGCCAGUUUGCGAGUCUGUACGAGAAGAAGCUCGGCAUCAAGCGAGGCACCAUGGAAAAGGUUCUAUGGGGCAGUUUCUACCUCGAUCCUAAGACGAAAAAAGUACUGGGUCCCAAACAUCUCAAGGGCCGCAACCUCAAGCCCAUGUUCGUGCAGCUGGUUCUCGAGCCCGUAUGGACCGUAUACCAAGCGACGUGCGGAGGCGACAACGGCAAAGGCGAUCCCGCACUGCUGGAAAAGGUGACAAAGUCUUUGGGCCUCACCAUCCCGCCACACAUCAUCAGGGCCCGGGACCCGCGCCUGCUUCUGACCACCGUCUUCGCGUCUUGGCUCCCACUGUCAACGGCGCUUUUGGUUUCCGUCAUCGAGUCCCUGCCGUCCCCGCCUGCCGCACAGGCCGAGCGGCUGCCAGAGAUGCUAGACAACUCUCCAGGUUCCGAAGCCAUUGACCCGACCAUUAAGGAGGCCAUGGUCUCCUUCAAGCACGGCACGUCAGACCCUGUGGUGGCAUACGUGAGCAAGAUGGUAUCUAUCCCGGAGAGCGAGCUUCCCGAGAACAGGAGAAAGACUACUGGACAGAUGACGGGCGAGGAGGCGCGAGAGCUGGCGAGGCAGAAGCGCGCAGAGGCCGCGCGCGCCCAGGCCUCCCGGGAGGCGAAUGAGGUUGGCAGCCUCACCGACGCCCUGGGGUCUGCCAGCAUUGGAGACACUACGCAGGAGACGGAAGAGAAAAAGGUCGACCCGGAACACCUCAUCGGCUUUGCCAGAACCUACUCGGGGACCCUGACGGUCGGAGACACGCUCUACGUUAUCCCACCCAAAUGGUCGCCGGCAGAUCCCACCGCCGACCCGAAGCCACAAGAGAUUAAAGUCACGGCGUUAUACAUGCUCAUGGGGCGGAACCUGGAGGCUCUCGAGUCCGUUCCGGCCGGAGUUGUGUUUGGCAUCGGCGGCUUGGAGGGUAAGAUUCUCAAGUCAGGCACCCUAUGCAGCCGAAUUAACGGUGCCGUGAACCUGGCGGGCGUCAGCAUGCUUGGCCAGCCCAUCGUGCGGGUGGCACUUGAACCCGUUAACCCAGCGGAUCUGGACAAGAUGAUCCAUGGUCUGCACCUUCUGGUUCAGAGCGAUCCCUGUGCCGAGUACGAGCAGUUUUCCAGCGGCGAGCACGUCCUCCUGACGGCUGGCGAGCUUCACCUCGAGCGGUGUCUGCUCGACCUCAAGGAGCGCUUCGCCCAUUGCGAUAUCCAGGCCGGCGCGCCAAUUGUGCCCUAUCGGGAGACGAUUGUGCGCGCGGAGGAAAUGCGGCCGCCGGUGAACAAGGACCUGGGACGCGGCGUGGUGGUAGGCACGACGAGCUCAAAGCAGGUCACCCUGACGGUUCAGGUCCGGCCGCUACCUGCCAACGUGACCGACUUUCUCCUCAAGAAUGGCGACUCGAUCAAGCGGCUGUACGCCGAGAGGCGCUCCGCAGAUGAGGAGCAGGAGGGAGACGCCGAAGCGAAGGUGGUGGCGGACACGACAGUGACAGCCAGCACCACCCUGUCGGCCGAAGAGUUGAAGCAGCAGCUGCGGCAACAGCUGGAGGCUGGCAAGGGACGGGAAAUUUGGAAGAACCGGAUUGAUCAGAUUGCCGCGUUCGGCCCCCGGCGAACAGGCCCCAACCUGCUCAUCGACGCGACCAAGGACGGCGUGCUUGACCUCGUGUUUGGCACUAAGACGAUCGACACAACGGCUCCGCGGGCGGGAGAAUCAUUGCACCCCUGCCACCUAGCCGACAAGAUCACCUACGCCUUCCAGCUGGCUACGGCGCAAGGGCCGCUCUGCCACGAGCCCAUGCAAGGAGUUGCUAUUUUCGUCGAGGAAGUCGCGCUGCACCUGUCCGAGGACGACUCGUCUGCGCGCGACAAGCUGGGCCGACUCACGGGCGAGGUCAUCAAAUCUAUGCAAUCGUCUGUGCGCGCGGGAUUCCUGGACUGGUCGCCGCGGCUGAUGCUGGCCAUGUACACGGUGGAGAUCCAGGCGUCGACCGAGGUGCUGGGGCGUGUAUACGACGUGCUCACGCGGCGACGGGGGCGGGUAGUGGCGGAGAUCAUGAAGGAGGGGACGCCCUUCUUCACGAUCCAGGCGCUGCUGCCCGUGGCCGAGAGCUUCGGGUUCGCAGACGAGAUGCGCAAGCGGACGAGCGGCGCCGCGCAGCCGCAGCUCAUCUUUGCGGGCUUCGAGAUUCUGGACGAGGAUCCCUUCUGGGUGCCCUUCACCGAGGACGACCUCGAGGACCUAGGCGAGCUGGCGGACCGCGAAAAUGUGGCCAAGCGCUACAUGGACGGCGUGCGGCGCAAGAAGGGCCUUCUCAUCGAGGGACGACACGUGGCGACGGAUGCGGAGAAGCAGAAGACGCUGAAGCGGUAG